CCUUCCCCUCCAAAAACUGCCUCAGGCCGGGAAAUGGGGCCGGGCUGGGCCGUCUCCAGGGCUCCUUCCUGCUCUUAAAGAGGCGAAGCGAGUUUCGCGGGAGCCUCCUGGGCCGCUUUCCCGGCGGGCCCCCCGACGAGAGGGCGUCCCCCGGACUCGGCGGCUUGUACCGUUCUGCCGGCCCGGGCACCAAGGCUGGCCCCAUGCGGGGAGCCGAGGCUCCCGGGGGGCUCCCCGGGGCCCGCAGCCUCAUCGCGCUCGCCCCCCGGCCGAGCCGCUGCAGCCAGGCAGAAAUUGGGGCGCGGCGGGUGCCUCGGGGAGGGCAGGCGGGCUGCGAAGGCAGGCCUCCCCGCCCCGGCCGCCCGCUCCCCCCGCCCUCUCUCCUCUCCGUUCCCUUUCCCCCUUUUCCUCCCCCCGCCCGGCUCCCGGCUUAGAAACCCCCAGCUCUCCUCCCUGUCACCCGAGCCUUCCCGGGCCGGGGGGGGGGCCGGGACGCACCCACGCCCUCCUCGGAGUGAGGCCGCCGAGGAGACGGCGGACGGGAGUUUCGCGGCACGAGCCCCCCCACUGCCGAGUCGGUUGGCCCUGGAGGCGGCCAGAGCUGGGGUCUAGGCGCCGGGGGGGCAGAGCCAUGGCCCUGGGCGGCGGCCUGCAGCCCGGACGGCGCGCUGGCGGCGAUCGCCGGCGGUCCGGCGGCCCUGCGGAGGAGGUGCCCGGCCGGGGCGCCCGAGCCCUGGAGCGCAGCCCCCUCCCCGGCCCGCUCUCUCUGGCCGCCUCGAUGGCGCCCCCGGCCCGUCUCCGCCUCCCGCCGCCGGCCCAGGACCCCUUCCUGCCUACCCUGGCCGGCUCCCCGGCUUCGGCCACUGCCCCGUCGGCGGCGCACGUCUGGGAGCUGGGAGCCGCCCGGCUGCUGCAGCGCUCCGACUCCCGAGCGUCGCCCCGCCGCGCCCCGCCGCCCCGCAGCCCCCAGGCCAGGCAGGCCCGAGCGGCCGCCGCCCCGCGAGCCAAGCUGUCCCUGCUGCUGCUGCGACCAUCCCCCGCCGCUCAGCCCGCCCUGGGGGGGGGGCCCCUGGCCAACAGCCUCCGAGAGGGGACAACCGGGGCCGGCUACUACAGCGAGAAGCGCAUCGCGGAGUGGAUCAAUCAGGUGAACCGCAGCCUCUUCGCUCCCUCGGGGGUCCUGGACCCUCCGGAACAGGACAAGUCCAUCGGAACGGCGCACGAGGACCCCGGGAGCCUCCCACUGCCCAGCCCUGGGGUCCGAGAAUGUCUGAGCCAGAAGGGGAGGAGCGCCACCCCCUCGUUCGACAGAAGGGGAAACUGAGGCCCAGAGAGAGACCAAGCUCGCCCGGCUCCUUGGUGGCAUUCGGGACACAAGCCACGGAUCCUUCCACUUCCCAUCUAACUUGGCCCCUCCUUCAUCCCAGGGUACGGAACACUCGAUGACCCUUUCUUCUUGCAAAGGGGGUUCUAACAGGUCAGGAGGCAGGGCCGAGGGAUUCUACCACAAAUCCCUGCUCUCUCUUUACCGCUGGAGGGGAGCGGGGCUUUCGGGAGACACUGGGAUCGGGGCCAGCAGUUCCUGCGGAGCCGGAGAAAUCCAGGGCCUGCUUUUGCUUCUGGUUUGGGGUUGGCUUGGGUGGGAACUUCCCGGGGGACACCACGAGGCUUUCCCAUGAUCCCACAGCCGGUGGGAAAGCAAAGGCUGUCCCCAAACCAGCUCUUUUACAGCCUACUUCAACUGGGCAUCCCAUCUUGUAUUUCCACGCGAAGGGGAGCUCUGCUAGCGAAGCAGCCCUUCUCUGACCUGCUAGGAUGCUCCAAGUCCUUCUAGUUGUCCCCGAGGCUGUGGCUUCCUCCAUCUCCCUGGGACUGGAAAGAUGCCCUCAGGAACCCAGCCUUAAUCCCUGGGCUGGAGUACCUGCAGACCCCAGGACGGCUGUUCUGUCUGGGAGGCGGAGGAACUUGGAUCCCAUCGAGCACCUCGCCUUCUCCCUCACUCCCGAUCGACAGAAAUUAUCGAUAUCUAAAGACCCGGUAUAAGACUGAUUCCUCCUCUUCAGAUCCCUGAAGUCCUCAUACUGACCUGUCUCUUCUCCAGACUCCUCAAGGGCGAGAUCUCCUAAUUUUGGGCAGUGAGUGGAGUCAACUGUUAGCCACAAUCUGAGAGCUCUCACCUCCCCCCCCCCCCAUAGAGUUUCUUAUCUGCCCGCCUCCUGGCGACCACCAUUGCUAGGUGACUCUCAGGAAAGUAUCGGGGUCUCCUAGCUCUGGAAGUCUGUACUUGUAACACCCCUGACUCUGGACUGUCAGACAGGCCCCAGAGGCUCACUGCCAGCAGACACAGAAUUCUACCCUCUGGGGAACUGCGUUUGAGAAGCCCCCUCCUCUCUCCCUGGGCUUCUAAGAUCUCAAACCUCAGCUCAGCAAAAUGAAGGGACCAGGAAGAGCCAGAAGCUUGUGGAUUAAUCUUGGGUGACGGGGAGUGGGUAGGGAACCUGCCUUGUUUUGCAGUAGGGGUUGUUGGGGAAUUUCUCAGCCCAGAAAUCCUAAGAUCCUCCUAAAGAGUAAUUAUUCUUGCCAACAUCUUUUUGAAUGGAGAUCAAUAAACCAAGAAGCAAAGCUAGAAGAUUAAAA